AUGGACUCAUCGAUUGACAUAGUUCACAUAAAUCAAUUUGGCCAGGACACAAUCAAAUUAAUAAAAAAACAGUCUGACUUAUUUAGUUCAUUAGGAAAUAUGAGCGAUAGUGAAGAAGAAACGUCAUUACGGAAAGACUAUGUUGAGUCAUCCACGUUUGACUCAUUACCAGUGAAGAAAUGGCUAAAAGAUCAAUGUCGUUUACUCGGUUUUGAGCAUCCGACACCCGUUCAACACGCGUGUAUUCAACCUAUUCUCGAAGCAUGUGCUAAAACCGGCUCCGGUAAAACAGCAGCGUUCGCUUUGCCUAUCCUCGAUGUACUCAGUGAAGAUAUCUAUGGUAUUUUUGCACUUGUUCUUACACCGACACGAGAAUUAGCGUAUCAAAUUGCCGAUCAAUUCCGUGUUUUUGGUAAACCACUUGGUUUGAAAGAUUGUGUCAUUACCGGUGGAAUGGAUAUGAUGAUACAAAAUUCUUCUCUAAGCGAAAGCCCACACAUUGUUAUUGCUACUCCCGGUCGACUUGCUGAUCAUAUUGAGAGCGGUACUGAAUUUUCUUUGAGUAAGAUUAAAUUUCUUGUACUCGAUGAAGCCGAUCGUUUGCUGGAAGAUAACUUUGGUAAACAAUUGCAAACGAUCUUUUCUAUUCUACCGAAACAACGACAAACACUUCUCUUCAGUGCAACCAUAACUGAUACAAUUAAACAAGUUCAAUCCAUCUCCGAACGCAAACCAUUUCUUUUCGAUGGAAAUCUUUUACAUCAACCAGCUGAUAAAUUGGAUCAGUAUUAUUUAUUGGUGCCAGCUAAUGUCAAGGACGCCUAUCUCUUUCAUCUGCUAUCGUUAUAUCACGGUAGCAACGAUGACGACGAAGACGACGAAGGAAGAAGUAAAACGAAGAAAUACAGUAAAUCAACGAUAGUUUUCACCAAUACAUGUCGAGACUGUCAGAUCCUCUCGAUGAUGUGUCGAAAAUUUCACAUGCCAUCCGUAGAAAUUCAUUCGCUAAUGAAACAACGACAACGAAUAGCAUCAUUGGCAAAGUUUAAGUCACUUCAAGUUCCAAUCUUGUUCGCUACGGAUGUCGCGUCACGAGGUUUGGACAUUCCCAGUGUCGAUCUAAUUAUUAAUCACAACGUGCCAUUUGUACCAAAAGAAUAUGUGCAUCGAGUAGGACGAACAGCUCGUGCAGGACGUUGCGGUACUGCAAUAACGCUCGUAACACAGUAUGACGUGAAAUUGAUGCAUAAAAUCGAAGAUCGUGUUGGUAAACAAUUAAGUGAAUAUCGCGUGAAAGAAAAAGACGUGCUAAAAUUGCUGGUUGAAGUCUCCAUGACUCGAAGUCAAGUGGAAAUUCAACUUGAUGAAGAAGAUUUUGGCGAAGCAGAAAAGAUCAACAAGCGAAAACAUCGUUUACUCCAACAAGAACUUUUAGCUGAAAGUAGUUCAGCUAUUACUGAAGAAAAAUCGAAGAAAAAAAGAAAUAAAUCUGAAAAAUAA